AUGGCGGUUCUGGCCACGGCCCACCAGAACCUGUGGGCCAGGGAUAACAACAAGGGUGUAGCUACUUGCUGCUCUCCUGUGUCCUCUGCAGCCUGGAUCACCCGCCUGGCCUCCUUCCUGAGAACUCAAGUCCACCAAAUUCUAUUCAACACCUGCAGAUGCAAGAUUCUCUUCCAGAAGCUCAUGGAAAAGACAGGUGUUCUGGUCCUCUGUGCUUUUGGAUUCUGGGUGUUUUCUAUGCACUUACCAACCAAAGUGCAAGUCUGGCAGGAUGGCAGCAUAAAUACUCCACUGCAGAGCUUGAGGAUGUACCAGGAGAAGGUGCAACAUCACACUGGGGAAAUCCAGGAUCUCAGAGGUAACAUGAGCCAGCUUAUUGCCAAGCUCCAGUUGAUGGAAGCCAUGUCAGAUCAGGAGAAAAUGGCCCAGAAAAUAAUGAAGAUGAUACAAGGAGAUUACAUUGAAAAGCCAGACUUUGCCCUCAAGUCUAUAGGGGCCUCCAUCGACUUUGAGCAAACGUCAGCCACAUACAACCAUGACAAGGCUCGCUCCUACUGGAACUGGAUCCGCCUGUGGAAUUAUGCACAGCCCCCCGACGUGAUCCUCGAGCCCAGCGUGUCACCUGGCAACUGCUGGGCCUUCUCGGGUGACCGUGGCCAGGUGACCAUCCAACUGGCCCAGAAGGUCUACCUGUCCAACCUGACCCUGCAGCACAUCCCCAAGACCAUCUCCCUGUCAGGCAGCACGGACACCGCCCCCAAGGACUUCGUCAUCUAUGGCAUGGAAGGCUCCCCGAGGGAGGAGGUAUUCCUGGGGGCAUUUCAGUUUCAGCCAGAAAACAUCAUUCAGACGUUCCAACUCCAGAACCAGCCUCCCCGGGCUUUUAGUUCUGUCAAGGUGAAGAUAGCGAGCAACUGGGGGAACCCGCGCUUCACCUGCCUGUACCGAGUGCGAGUGCAUGGCUCUGUGACACCCAGACAGAGGCCUAACUAG